GUUUAUUUAGAAUUUAGUUAUGUUUAUUAAUGAAUAAUGUGUCAGUGUAACAGAUGUGAAGGAUUGUAUGCAGAAAGUACAGUCUGUUACAUUUGCCGAAGAAGUCUGCUACAAUGGAACAUUGAUUUUAAAAGCAUUCAGUUCUGGCCUGGAAAUAGGAACAUCUAACUGGCCAAUACAUGGUCCAAGAAGAAACAUUACCUGUUUGUCAAGCUUCAUCUUCGAAUCUGCUCAUGCAAUGAGUUUUGACUACAGUUCUCUUCAAGGGAAUGAUCUGAUCCUAUUUUCUGAUCUCUCAAUGUUGCAUGAUGAAGUUGAUGUUAGUAAGGAUUCCCUUGCCCAUAAGAAUCAGAUAGAGUCUGAGGUCAACCACCCAACUGCCUGUGGUUUCUCAGCCCUAAGGAAUAAUGAUAAUGAUGGGAAGAAUUUCAUCCAAUCACUCAUUGGUACUGAAGAAUAUUCAGAGGAGAUGGACAAGCUUGCUUUCAUCUGCUCCUACGCCAUAGACUCUGUUACACAAGGAGGUUAUGUCCUUGUACCCAUUGGUCGACUUGGAAUUGUGUUGCAGCUUUUGGAGCAGAUAUCACAAUCUCUUGCAUCUGCAAACCUAAAUGUAAAGUGCUUAUGCUCGAAGUCUGAACCAAAUUGA